AACAUGGUACAUUGUAGUUGAACAUUGUCAUUAGAACCUUAUCUAACAGCAAUGUCCAACUACCUCCUAACCGAAGGGUAAUGGGAUCCCAUAACAUCUGCCUCUUGGGAUUCUAAAAAUACAAAGGGGAAUUUGUGCAUGCCAUUGUUGAUAAUGAUGCUCUCUAGCAACAAGUCCAUCAUAAACCGACUGAUCAUCGUGGCUUUGACAGUUGCCGACUCCAUUUUCACAGCUAACUACAUGAAAGAUAUUCUCCAGAUGCAGAUCUGAAAGAAUAUCUGCUGAUUUUCUCACAUCUAAUCGAAACAAUGGCAACAGGUGGUACAGCUGAGGUUCUGGAGAAGAUCGGUGAACGUCACCUGGACUGUUCCAUCUGCUUCAACCGUUUCACUGAGCCCAAACUUCUUGAUUGUUUGCACACAUUUUGCUUGACAUGUCUCCACAACCUCAAACUCAGAGAAGGUCCCCAAAUUCUGAAACUCAGAUGUCCCCUGUGCAGAAAAGAAACCACAUUACCAAGCAACAGACUCGAAGAUCUGCCAACUAACUUCACACUGAGUGCCCUGGUAGAGGAGUUUGAAAAGCAGAGACAGAUUUUAAAGGGUCAAGGGUCAGAGAUCAAAUGUCAAAGCUGUAAUGAGCAACAUCAGGCAACUUUAUUUUGCAUGGACUGUGAUCAGUUUCUUUGCAAAGACUGCCAAAAGGUACAUGAACGCCUGGCGGGGACAAAAUCUCACAAAACCUGCACAACGGUUCAGCUUCAAUCAGGGGACAUUGCCUACAAGAGCAAACUAAGAGAAGAACCAAAAUGUGACAAACAUCCAGAAAUGAAUAUUAGCAUUUAUUGCUACACAUGUCAGCAGUUGGUAUGCCGAACUUGCUCUGUUCCAAUUCAUGACACACAUGCUGUUGCCAACAUCACUGAGGCUUUUAAAAAGUGCAAAACCGAAACUGCUGAACUGAUAGCAAAGGCUGAACACAUAAAAAAACAACUAAACAAUAAAAAGGAAAACAUAGCAAAGUCCUACAAGAAACUAGACACCAUGUUUGAAGACAUCAACAAGAAGAUCUCCCAAAAGGCUGACAAGGAGGUUGCUAGGAUCAGGGAGAUGGAGCAGAAACUGAAGCAAGAGGUCCAGGAGAUCUACCAAGACAGAGUCAAGACAUUGGAGACUGCUGAAGAUACCAUCAACAAUGAGCUGAUUGUAGCAGAGCAGACACUGGACGAGAUGAACCAGCUCCUGGCUCAAGAAAUUAAGACGGAGAUUUUACAUUGCUGCCAAAAAUUCUUGCAUUCCAACAGAAAACUGACAGAACAACCAACAGAAAAGUCACAUUUUGUGCCUGAGCAAUUGCUCUUCAUUGAUUUUCAAGAGAGCGAUGAGACUCUGAAGUCACUUGGAAGGCUGACUAUGAAAGAAAAAUUAGAGUGGAAAUUGAAGAGUGAAAUGAAACUUUCCGGGAAACAUGUCUGUACUUCCAUUGCAACUUUCUCCAAUGAUGAAAUAGUCACAGCAGAUUAUGGAUACAAACAGCUGGUAAAUUAUUCACCAACAAGCAACCCCCAAGUGCCUUUCACCUCAAAAAUACUCUACAUUCCAGACAUCACAGAUCCACACAGAGUUGCAGUCAACAGACUAGAUCACCUCCUUGUCCUAGAUGGUCCUGCAGUCAAGACCUUCAGCAGAGAAUAUCAACUCCUCCAUCAGUUCCAGCCAGGAACUGAUUCAGGCCGCAAACCAACCUGCCUGGCAGUGGAUGAGGACAAUCUGAUAGCUGUGGGCUACAAGGCCAAGGGAGAGAUCAGCCUCCACAAGCCAGAUGGAACCCUCAUCAGGAAUCUGCCCACAUCACUGAGAGUAGACCGACUUGUCAUCAGCAACAAGCGGCUCAUCUACACUAAUGAAACAAAGGGAAAACUAAUAUCAACAGAUUUCCAUGGCAACAUAGUAUUCACAGCAGACAUGCAAAGACCAAAGAGUGUAUGCUGUGACAAACAUGGUAACAUCUAUGUUGCCCAGGGCCGACAAUCUUCACCAAGUGGAGGAGAAAUUUGUGUCUACAGUGCCUGGGGCAAAUACCUUGGAUGUGUUACUAAGGAAUUCAUGGUCACAGUUGUCAUGGCGUUCACACAAGCAGGUGAACUGGUAGUGGGCAAAUUGGGCUUCUUGCAAAUCUACCACCAAGUGUGACAUUUUUCCACUUGGCAUCUACCCAAGGCCCAAAAUUAAUUCAAAGAAUGGUUUAUAAAAUUGGUGUUAAUUUACUGGUUCAUGUAAGAUUGCCAAGAAAACAUGUAAUUCAAAGCGUCGAUUAGUAAAAGACUUUUAAAUAAGUCACUUAAAAACUUGCAUUUCUCUUUGUCAUCACAGUCAGUAAAACAAAUAUUUUGUAGCAAUAAUAGAUGACUGUAUUAAUUCAAAAACACAUUUUUAAUCAAAAAAUUAUCCAAAAGUUAUAAAAGAUCAUUACUCUCAGUCAAAACGCAAGCCAUGUAGGCCAAUUUAUAGGUAAAAAGACGACCGUCUUUGGAAAGUCAUUUUAUACAAAAACUGAUUUUAACAGUUUUUGUUUGAAACUUUUCAUUAGUUUACAUUUGAUUGACGAUGUUUAUAACAUAAACUUAAUGUUUGGCAGCUCUGAUGUAGUCUGCAUGCGAACAAAUUAUUGCAGAAUUAAUCAAAGAUUGUAGAG